AAAGCAAGAGGUGCACUGGGCGGGGGAGGGGGCCGUCGAGUUAAUAAAAGUGGAAUGGUCCUACGGCACUCCAUACAAACAAACACACCAGUUGACGCAGAGCGGUUCAUUGCAUAUUUACUGCAGAUAGGCCGAUCAGCAAUGGCACCCAACCUGCCAAGUCCGACGGCGAAGGAAUACCUUCCGGCCGCGGCGCCGAUGGACUCGGCGUUGCCCGAAGCGGCCAAAGUGGAGGCCAAUCCCCAAAAAGAGACAUACAAAGUGCACUUGGUGUGGCGAAACAUUAUCGCUUUCAUAUACUUGCACCUUGGAGCGCUUUACGGCCUUUACCUUUGUGUCUCACUGAAUGCCAGAUUUUACACCUUUCUCUGGGCGUUUCUGGUCGCGGCGAUGGGCGCGAUGGGCAUCACAGCCGGCGCCCAUCGACUGUGGUCGCACCGGGCGUACAAGGCCAAGUGGCCGCUGCGGCUCAUGCUGGCCGCCUUCCAGACCAUGGCCUUCCAGAACCACAUUUACGAGUGGGUGCGCGACCACCGCGUGCACCACAAGUUCAGCGAGACGGACGCCGACCCGCACAACGCGUCGCGCGGCUUCUUCUUCUCGCACGUCGGCUGGCUGCUGUGCCGCAAACACCCUGACGUCCGACGCAAGGGGGCCACUGUUGACAUGAGCGACAUGGACGCUGACCCCAUCGUCGUAUGGCAGAGACGCACCUACCUCGUCCUCAUGCCGCUCCUCUGCUUCGUCCUGCCAGUCUGGGUGCCCUGCUACUUCUGGAGCGAGAAAGGAUGGUACUCGUGGUAUGUCGCUGGCGUAAUGCGUUAUGUGCUGUCGCUGAACGGAACGUGGCUGGUGAACAGCGCCGCUCACAUAUGGGGAGUAAAACCUUACGACAAGAACAUCAGCCCUACCGAGAACCGUGCGGUGGCGAUCGCAGCGUUUGGCGAGGGUUGGCACAACUACCACCACGUCUUCCCUUGGGACUACAAGGCGGCCGAGCUGGGCAACUACAAAUUGAACCUGACGACGGCCUUCAUUGACUUCUUCGCCAAAAUCGGCUGGGCGUACGACCUGAAGGCGGUGCCCGUGGCCCUGGUGAAGAAACGGGCCGAGCGGACCGGCGACGGCUCGUGGGUCAACCACCACCACAAGGAGGGUGAAACGGCCCUUUGGGGGUGGGGAGACAAGGACAUGAGCGCCGAGGAGAGGACCGAGAUCGAGCAGUACAAGGAAAAGUCCUAUUGAAGAAAAUUUGGAGAAGAGUUGUGAAAUUUUAUAUAAAUGGAUAUUUUUAGAAGGAGAAAUUUUUUAACUUUCUACAACUGCGACUCUCGUUUCCAAUGUCACCAAAAAUUUAUAUUUUCUAAUUGUAAAUAAUAAAAUAUAAUAUUUUCAUAAGCUGGUGAGUUAUUGUCGUGACGGGAUUAAAAAACUGCCUUCCAAAAAUGAAUGUAAAAAAAAUGUCAAUUAUUUAUUGUUAAUAAAGACAGCAAACCAGACUUGGCUGGAA